AUGGCACCCGCCGUCUCUCCGUCGGAGCGUGAGCGCGAGCGCGUAGGCCCACACCCGUCCUACAUUGAGAUCGCCAAACCGUACAUGCUGCAAUCACGCAUUCAGAAAUGCCUCGACGAGCUCAGCAUGAGUGACGCCAAAGAGGACGCCGUGCGCCUGCAGGGCGUGACUUGGAUAGACCAAGUACGCCGCGCGCUGCAACUGCCCAUGCGCACUUUCAACACAGCCGUCAUCUAUUACCACAAGUUCAGACUGCUCCACGCCGACAACGAGUACAACUGGGCGGAUGCGGCGGCGGCGGCGCUGUUCACGGCGUGUAAGAUUGAGGAUACGCUGAAGAAGAGCCGAGAGAUUUUGUGUGCGAAUUGGAACCUCAAAGUCGGGCCUGGCGAGAGCUUGAGUAGUGAUGAUCCGGUACGCAUUACGCGGGCUCCGGGAUGCCGCUUCGAGAACCACUCCAAACUGAUCCUUGGUCUCGAACGGCUCAUGCUCGAGAGCGCUGGCUUCGACUUUCGCAAUCGGUAUCCGCAGAAGCUCAUGGUGAAGCUAGCGAGGGCCUUGAGAUUUGGCAAGAAUGAUGCCGCCAAAACAGCCUGGAAUCUCAGCGUCGACUUGUAUCGGACGUUUGCACCGCUCAAACAGACGACACCCACAAUGGCUAUCGCCUGUCUCGAACUCGCGGCGAGGCUGCAUGACAUGGAUGCGUCUCGUCUGGUGGAUGCAGGUCUUGUCAGAUACGCCAAGUGGCACACCAGCAGGGCUGAGGUCAUGGCAGAAACACUUCUCGACCUCCUCGACCUGUACACGCAUCACCGCAGUCUAACCUCGGUUGGCCCUCUCUACACCCUUGAAGCCUUUAUCGAUAUCCGCAUCAAACUCAAUCAAGAAGCCUCCGCUGCAAACAUCCCUCGCUACACUUUGUACGUGUCCGAGUCCUCCUCUCCGCAGACAAUCACCAACGGCAACAAGCCUCGCAAUGGCAUCGACCCUACGAGCCCGCUUACGCCAGCUACUCCAGCCACGCUCUCCCCUGGCACUACACACCCACCUGCGUCUGCAAUCGGAAUUCGUGGUCAAAACGGCACUGUGCGCUUCAUGCUUGACGCGGCACGUGCGCGCGACGAACGGGCUGAGGUCGACAAGUUCCACAAGGUGGAGGAGGAAGAGUACGAGGUUGAAGUGCCGAACGAAGAAGAGAGGAGAAGAGUGCGUUGA